AAACAUAAAAUGGCUAAUGUUUACACCAGGUUUUGCUACUUUGUCAUGGCCGCCAUUCUUUCUUUACAACUUUGUGAUGGAAAAGUGAUGAUGGAAUACAUAGGAGCAACAGGAAAACCAGUAACACUAGACGAAGUCCCAAUCAACGACAACAUCGACUUCCACUUCAUUCUCAGCUUCGCAAUCGACGCAGACGCGUCAGGCACCCCUCAAAACGGCAUUUUCAAACCCUACUGGUCCGAAGGCUUAACCGCGGACGCAGUAUCCGCCAUCAAAUCCAAACACCCAAACGUAAAAGCGCUAGCAAGCCUCUCGGGCUGGAGCCUCGGCUCCACAACACUCCAUUGGUACAAACCGAAAAACAACGAUAUCUGGAUCACAAACGCGUUCACAUCUCUCAAAUCUAUAAUCCAAACAUAUCACCUAGACGGUAUAGAUAUCGACUACGAAAACUUUCCUAAACACAAUGAAAGUUUUAGCUACUGCAUUGGUGAACUCAUCACUUAUUUAAAAAAUCAAAGUGUUAUAUCUGUUGCAACAAUAUCACCCUACCAUUUAACAACUAUACCUUAUAUACAACUAUUUAGCGCGUAUGGGGAUGUUAUCGAUUAUGUUAAUCAUCAGUUUUAUACGGAUAAAGUGAAGACGACUGAAGCGUACUUAGAGGAUUUUCGACUCAGGACGACGCAGUUUGAUAAAGAGAAGGUGUUGCCGAGCUACGAGAUUGAUGGAAGAGGGAUUCAAGGGGAGGUGUUCUUUGAUGCUUUGGAUGAUUUGGUGAAAAAUGGGUUUGAUAUUAAUGGGAUUAUGUUGUAUUCUGCUGAUGCUUCUGCUUUCACUAAUUCGACUAGUAGGUUUUAUUAUGAGGAGAAAUCACAGGAGUAUUUGCUCAAGAUGUGAUUUUCUUGUAUCUAUGCCUAUGUUUGCAUGCUAAUGAUCUAUCUGACUACUGCUACGCUAUUUACUUAUC